UUCCCCCUGUUCCCAUUCAGAAGAAACAGAACAAUUAGAAACACAUUGCAAUGGAAAAACAAAGCCUCCUUUGUUUAACAGAUACAAGCAGCUCUGACAGUCCUCUUCAUUCCUCCACCCUUCACAUUACUCAUUCAGACAUAAACAAGAAAAUGAAGGCAAUAGUGACCCUUUUGGAAGAAGAUGGGCAUUUCCGAAACAGAAACCUAGAAAUCAAAUACAUGCUUGAAGAGUACAACAGAACUUACCAAGCCUUGGCUGAAAAAUAUGACUGUUUAAAGUUCAUAAUUGUGAACACUCUCUAUUCCUCGUUGUCUUCGCCUUCUGAUGCCGAGAUAUUUCAAUGCAAUUUCAGAAGUCUAGAUAUGAAGUCUGCUGCAAUUGAUGACAACCAGAAAGACAAAUAUGACAUCUUCAGCGAAGAGUUCCUGAUCAAGCUAAGAGAUGAAUUGGUUGUCUCAAGUAAGCUGUGUAGUCAGAAUUCUGAAAAAAUAGUUGAUGCCCAUACAAUGUAUGGAAGAAUCACGGGUCAUGCUGAAAUAGAUAAAACUGAAACAAAGAUGAACGAGCUUGACAUACGACAGGUCAAAGAUGUACAUCCAUCAGUGGGUAUUGAUAGGUGGGAGAGCAGAUGGACUGAACUAAACUCACAAGUGACAAUGCUCAUGGAGGAAAAUCUGCAUCAUCAGGAGGAGUUAACUAGGAGAAACAAUGAAAAGAGAGAAGCCAUUAAAGAACUUCAGCAACAGAUACAAAGCCUCAAGAGUGAGAACAGGGCCCUCCAGAGUGCUCUCAGAUUCACAAAAGAAAAGUUGAAGCCAUAUCAGUCCCCAAUUUCACGACUAGCAGCAGCAAUUUCAAACAAAUUAUUGAUGCGAGGUUGUUCUUGACCUGAAUUUCAGUGGCUCAGCAAUAGAUCAUUCAACAUUCAAUCCAAGCACACUCAAUCCUGUAAUCUGAAAUUGAAAUUUUAAUUGAAGUUGAAGAGCUAGUCGAUGGAGCUGGCUCUUUUCUGAUUUCUUUCGAGCAUAUGUCAUGUUUAGUAAGAUUGAUAUUCAAUCCCAGGCUCAGUUACAGUUCA